UUAAGUGACAGAGAGGCAACACAACCAGUGUCGAUAGAUAUAUAAAUAGAAGGAGGGGAAGAGGCUGUAGAGAAAGUGUGAGGCCAGUAUCGAUAAACAGAGAUCGAGAGAGGGGUAGGAGUGAUAGAAAUACGGUAGAGAGGUGUGAGAGGCGCAGUAAGACCAGUGUCGAUAGACAGAUAGAGGGGAAGGAGUGAUAGGAGCAGUCAGGCCAGUGUAAAUAGAAAGAUUAAAAGAGGGGGAAGGAGUGACAAAAGAUAAGAUAGAGAGGGUGUGAGUGAGAGGAGCAGAGAGGCCAGUGUGGAUAGACCAAUUGAUAGAGAGAGGGGAAGAAAUAGUGAUAGGGAAAGAUAAGAUAGAGAGGGUGUGAGUGAGAGGAGCAGUGAGGCCAGUGGAGAGACGACAACAAGAUGGAGGCGGUAGCGAAAUAUGACUUUAAAGCUACAGCCAGCGAUGAAUUAAGUUUUUUAAAAGGAAGCAUUCUCAAGAUAUUGAGUAUGGAUGAAGAAAAAAUGUGGUACAAGGCUGAACAAUAUGGCUCAGAGGGUUAUGUUCCAUACAACUAUAUACAGUUGAAACCACACCCGUGGUUUAUUACAAAAAAAGUAACUCGAGCUCAGGCUGAAAAGAUGUUGCUGGAGAAAGAUGAUGUUGGUGAAUACAUUCAGCCAGAUGGUGCAUUCCUGGUGCGCCACAGUGAAAGCUCUCCUGGUGAAUUUUCUAUUUCAGUCAAGUUUCGUAAUGAAGUACAACACUAUAAAGUACUGAGAGAUGGAGCAGGGAAGUACUUUCUCUGGGUCACGAAAUUCUCUUCGCUUAAUGCUAUUGUCGAUUACCACAGGCGGUCAUCUGUUAGUCGAGGAGAGACUAUUUUUUUGAUGGACAUGUUAAUGAAAAAAGACAAAAAGAAACAGGUAAAAGCGUCGUUUGACUUUGAUCCGCAAUACCCUGAGGAGUUGCAGCUACAGAAAGGGGAGAUAAUCACAGUUCUAGAAAAGAAAGAUGAAAAUUGGUGGAGAGGAGAGAACACUCGCGGAGUGCAAGGACUGUUUCCAGCCACAUACGUUUGUGAAAUACAGCAGUGAGGUCUCUCGCUUGAAUUGGCAUCUGUUGUCAGAAGGCAAAAAAAAAAAAAAAAAAUUAUAUUAAAAAAAGUGAAACCAAAGCAACAGCAACAAUUAAAAAAAAGAUUUU